CAAAUGUCAUUUUGUCAUUGUCAAAUUUGUCAAAGGCGCAAAAGACGCAAAUUUUGGAAAGAAAACGUGUAAAAUUUAUUUUCAUGUUACACCACGAGUUCAAAAAUUUUGCAAUAUGGUCUUAUCCUAAAUAUUGGGAUUUUCAGUGAAAUUAAAAAUGGCACGCCAUCGUAAUGUAAGGAAUAGAAGUUAUUCUGACGACUAUGACUACGAUGAUGUUUAUGGACAUUCUGUUGAAGAUGAGAGCUGUUUAUCACCAAGUGAGACGGAUCAGUGGAUAUACGACCGGUCACGAAAUCAGCAAGCGAUUUCUCAUUUUUUAGAUAGUCACCAUAAUAUCCAGGAAGAGAUCGAAGACGAGGUGCCAGAUGCGUCACAUUCCAGUUUGGAACGACGUGAGUCUGUAGACCUUCGCCGUUUAAAUCUUGACGAAGAACAAGAAACAAAGCUUAUGUCUUGCCUGGAUGAAAUGCGUAAUAUAUUAGGUGAUACAAUAUCAGAAAAUAUAUUGAUACAAAGUGUGCUUAACCAUAAUUUUGAUUACAAUAAAGCUUUAGAUGAAGUUUUAAGUAAUAGUAUGAAUAAAGUAUCUGAGGUGCCGAAAGUUGAGCAAGUUAAAUCUCGCGUUCUAAUCAAUUCAGUCAAAGCUCCUGUUAUAUCAAUAAUAGAGUCAACUCCGAAGGUAGUAGCAUCUAUUUCUGAGCCUAAGAGUAAUGCUGUAAUUAAAGGAUUUAAAGUGACAUUAGCCACUGAUGCAGGAUCAAGUAGUCAUCCACAAACACCCAGAGAGCAGUCACCAGCUACUGAUAGAGUGUCAACACCAAAGUUUGAUCAGCCUGAAGAAAAGGUAUUAACUAAAACAAAAGACAAUAAAAUUGAUCCCAAUAAGCAAUAUUCAGAUGAAAGAGGUUCAGACAAGGAUCAUCUGUAUAUAGUGGUUAUUGGUCAUGUUGAUGCUGGUAAAUCAACUCUAAUGGGUCGUUUGCUCUGUGAUUUGGGUGAAGUCAGUCAAAGAACUCUACACAAGUAUGAGCAGGAGAGUAAAAAAAUUGGUAAACAAAGCUUUAUGUAUGCAUGGGUAUUAGAUGAAACUGGAGAAGAGAGAGUGCGAGGAAUUACUAUGGAUGUUGGUCACGCUCAGUUUGAGACUAAAACUAAGAAAGUCAUCAUUCUGGAUGCCCCUGGACAUGCUGACUUCAUUCCAAAUAUGAUAACAGGAGCUGGGCAAGCUGAUGUUGCUUUAUUAGUUGUGGAUGCGACAAGGGGAGAAUUUGAAUCAGGAUUCGACCUUGGUGGUCAGACACGGGAACAUGCUCUUCUUGUUCGGUCUCUUGGAGUUAGUCAGCUAGCAGUGGCUGUUAACAAAUUAGAUACAACAACUUGGUCUCAGGAGAGAUUUAAUGAGAUCACAAAGAAAUUGAAAGCUUUUUUAAAGCAAGCAGGUUUUAAAGAAUCAGAUGUCACUUAUGUACCUUGUUCAGGCUUGACAGGUGAGAAUCUUGUAAACUCACCAACAGAGCCAGAGUUAUUGAAAUGGUACAGUGGACCUUGCCUUUUAGACAUUAUUGAUAAGUUUAAAGUACCUGAGAGGCCUGUCUCUAAGCCAUUGCGUUUCUCAAUAAAUGAUGUUUUUAAAGGCACUGGGUCUGGAUUUUGUGUAUCAGGACGGAUUGAAAAUGGUGUACUUAACAAGGGUGAUAAAGUUUUGUUGUGUCCAACUAAAGAGUUGGCCGAGGUUCGAAGUAUAAGUAUAAAUGACAUGACAAGUAAUGUUGCUUUUGCUGGAGACCAAGUGAGUGUUACAUUGUCUGGUGUGGACAUGCAAAAUGUAUCUGUUGGGUAUAUAUUGAGUGAUCCUGUCCAACAAGUGCCAGUCACUACUAGAUUUGAAGCUAGAAUUGUUGUUUUUAAUGUUAAAGUCCCCAUUACUAAAGGUUAUCCUGUGUUAAUACACCAUCAGUCAUUAGUAGAGUCUGCAAAUAUAGUAAAAUUGAAAGCACUAUUGAAUAAAAGUAAUGGGGAGACCAUGAAAAAGAAGCCUCGUUGUUUAGGAAACAAUUCUGUGGCAGUUGUAGAUAUUGAAGUUAGUAGACCAAUCUGUAUUGAGCGGUACAAAGAUGUCAAAGAGCUGGGACGGGUAAUGUUGCGUGUUUCAGGUGUCACAAUAGCAGCUGGUCUUGUAACUGAUAUUUUUAACAUAUGAUUGAUCUGAAAAAUACUCUUAAAAUUGAAAGACUAUGUAACUAAGCAGAGUUGUAUAAAUCAUGAAGUUAUUUAUUUCAGUAUAUUUGUUCAGUUGCUUAGACAUUAUAAUUCGUGCAAAAUGCUUACAAUGUUAAUGUACAAUAAUGUAUCGUGCUAUAUAAUGAAUGCUUAUAAUUUAAUGAUUAUUAUUUAUAAAAAAUAAAACGUUAUAUUAGUAGA